AUGGGAACUUGUCAAACUUCUAGACAAAGAAGAUAAAGCAAGAUAAUGAAGAUUAGAGAAAGAUUUUCAUCUCAGAAAUUAGAUUGCACUUGCUAACGAUUGUCUCUAUAUUUAGAAUUGGUUGGAGAUACUCACACUUUAGGUGGAUACUUACAAGAUCGAAUUUAAACUUUAUUUGAAAUAAAGCAAAAACUAUAUAUAGUUACAUGUUAAUAAUGUAAAUUGUAAUUACUGCAUGAAGCAUCUGAAAUUAUAGAAUACUUAUACAAAGAUAAACACUUUAGUUAAGCUUUUCCUAUUUUAAGGGAGAGUCUACUUGAAAUCACAUAAGUGACAUUUGUUACAGAGUGA